AUGGAAUACCAAACUGUUGAAGAUCUCCAGGCACGAGUCGACGAGCUCGAGGCGCUUCUUCGUCAAGCUGAGCGCCAUGGUUCCACUGCGCCUCCUGAACCCGAUCUCGGGCAGCACGCUUUCGUGGAAGGAGAAACCUCUCAGUUCUUGGAUCUUCCUCUCGAGGUUUCGUCUUAUGAGCACGACGAAGAUGGCACACUGCCAUCUGAGCUUCAGGAUCAUCUUCAACAUUUAAGCGCCGAUCGAUCCAGAGUCGAAGCAUUCUUCGAGUAUCUUUACCAAUUCAACUUCUUUAUGGACGCUAAGGAUUUCCGACGACGUUUGGAGCUCCCAACCAGCGACCCUCAUAGCCCCCACCCCUCCCUAAUGACCGCCAUCUUCCUCGCUGGUACACAUUUCUCGACGAGAGACGUUGCCAGCUGGCAACCAAUUCUCGUAAGGCGCACCCACCGGCUCAUCUCUCAGUCAACAACUCUCGGAGAUCCCGCCGUGAGCUUUGCUGUUGGAUGCGGCUUCCACCAGAUGGCCUUCCGUUCUGCGGCUGCGCACGAGUACCCUCAGCGCGCCACCAUCCCAUCUCCUCAAGAUGAGGCGGAGAUGAUCCAGCGCAUCCGAAUGUGGCAUUCGAUAUUCAUGUUGGACCGCGGUUCGUCGUGGACGAGUGGGGUACCGCCCUACUUAGCCGAGGAGGAUAUCGUUACCCCCUGGCCUGUCUCUUCUGGUACUUCUCAACGGGACCUCCAUGCCCUUCUCAAUUCGUCGUCCCCAAUUCUUCAAAAUCUUUAUGGUCCCACGGGCUUUGACGCAGCCACUGUAAGACCCGGUGACAGUUCGUUGUCAAUUCGGGCGAGGAGCAUCGCCAUCUUCGAUAAGGCACUGUUCUUGGAUCGAUCGUACGCCUCGAAUGCCGAUCAAUCCUUUGGUAGUUCAUUUAAUGACCUCAUUGCUGCGUUGACAACGUUCCGCGAUACGUUGCCUUCUCUGUAUUCGCCACCCUGUGACUUUCCAAUUGAUCUCUCCGGGGAUGAAUAUCAGGACGACAACGGGCAUGUAGAUACGAGUUCGUGGUGCAGGAUCUACACCCUUCUGAUGGCCCAUUCCUGCGUGUUGGGUUCUCUUGCACUCUUACAUGGGAUUCACGACAAUGAGGAGGAACACGCGCGCCGGUCGUAUGAAGCAUCUUCUCAAUUGGCUCACCUUGUGAGGGAACUGAAGGAUUUUAAUCCCAGAAGAAUGCCAAUACUCAUCAUAUCUGGGUGGGCGGCAGCCGCAACAAGACUUCUCAAGCAUGUGCAGACCUCGUCAAGUUCUACCCUGCCCAGGGUGAACGAGCCGGAAGCCCGAUGUGACUUUGAUACGAUUUAUCAAGCACUUCUCCAAAUUAGGACUAUCUAUCCUAUCACGGGUAUGUUGCCAUUCCCUCUCUUGCCUAUGGAGUUUCCACAUGGUUCCUCGCUCCUGCCCCGAGUCGCUCGGGCAUCCACAACCGCGCUUAUUUACCCCCGGUUAACGCGAAGCACGACUCUGGGUCGUUAG